UGCACUGCAUGUUCUUAGAAUAUGUUUCGGAUCAGAAUGUGGCGUUUUGCUCACCUGGCGCGUCAGCUAAUGUGAAUGGAGCGCGCAAGGUAAUAAUCAAAUGCAAAGGGAGAGACUUAAACACAGAUUUGACCGAAGCAAAGGGACGGUUGUUGUUGUCUUCGCAAGUGAUCAUCUGAAAUGGCAACCAGUGUAAGGAGGCCAUCCCUGGGUCCUGUACCACCACCGAGGAAGAAAUCCAGCCCCAAGCCAGAGCUCACUGAGGAGCUGAAACAGGAGAUCAGAGAGGCCUUCGAACUGUUCGACACUGAUGCCUCCGGACACAUAGACGUCAAGGAGCUGAAGGUUGCAAUGAGGGCACUGGGGUUUGAGCCCAAGAAAGAGGAGAUCAAAAAGAUGAUAACUGAGGUAGAUAAAGACAAAACAGGAAAGAUCUCCUUCUCUGACUUCCUCAUUGUCAUGACUCAGAAGAUGGCUGAGAAGGACUCCAAGGAGGAGAUCCUGAAAGCAUUUCGUCUGUUUGAUGAUGACGAAACGGGGAAGAUCUCCUUCAAGAACCUGAAAAGGGUUGCCAAGGAACUGGGAGAGAACCUUACAGAUGAGGAACUCCAGGAGAUGAUUGAGGAAGCAGACAGGGAUGGAGACGGGGAAGUGAAUCAGGGAGAGUUCCUCCGCAUAAUGAAGAAAACCAGCCUAUACUGAAACUGGCCCGGUUUGGGCGGAGGAGUGGGAGGGCGGAGGAGUGGGAGGGCGGAGGAGUGGGAGGGCGGAGGAGUGGGAGGGCGGAGGAGUGGGAGACUAGGGGUUUAGAAGUCACAAUUAUCCACUUAUCCAGGCCUGUCCAAGAACCUUUGAAGAGCUUCCUUUUCUUGUGUCCUUCCCUAUCCUCUUACCAAUUACUUACAUCUUAUAUUACUUAUCUUAUGACAUCUUAUCAUUUCGCACAAGGCAUUUAGUUGAGUUACUCUAGAACAGUGCUUUCACAGUGUUUUCCCCAUCCAUACUUUUAAAAACUUUUUUUUUUCCAUUCAUACCAUCAUAUAUGGAAAUUGGAUAUUGACCAUGGUCAAGAUGGUUAGGAGCAGAUACUGUACCAAGAAAGAUGCCAAACAAUUUCUAAUCCAGAUUAUGUACUCCUUUUCAUGUAGAUCGUUUUAUGUGACAUUGUGGAUUUUACAAAAAACAUUGCCUUGUUUGAACUGAUCCCCUUAAACAUGCUGCAUGUCUCUGUGCCUGAAUGGGCCUCCCAAAUGGCACGCUAUUCCCUAUAUCCUGUAGUACCCAUCCCUUUACCAGGACCCCAUGAGCACUGGUCAAAAGCUGUCCACUAUUCAGGGAAUACAGUGCCUUUUGGGAUGAAUCACACAGAAUCAGUGAAGUAACCUCUAUUACCCCCACUCCCUCAAUUACCCCCUAUCGUCCACUCCCAAAAAAAACUAUUUUCUCUAAAUCUUUUUCAAUGUCUUAAGUGAAAUCUGUGGCUGCCUUGUUUUGAUUCAUAUUGCUGUAUUUUUGUGUCUUUGUAUUAUCUACAGUUUCCUGUGUUUAGUUCUCUACAUAUCAAUUACAUGUGCAGAUGGAUAUAGAUAUUUAAUAUAUGAAUAAAUAAAAUAAUUUUAAGCAGUU